AUGCUAGGUAUCCGUGCCGCACUCAAGCCCGUCUUGGAGUGUUCCGCUGCCGAACUUGUCUACGGUACUACCCUACGGAUUCCAGGUGAUUUUUCGGGUACUCUCAAAGCUCAACCGACUUGGAUCCCAGCGGUUAUGUGCAAAGAUUGCGCCAAGCCAUGACUCAUCUUCGAGCCACUCCUCCACGUCCUUCAACAAGUAAGUCGUACGUCGACCCGAACUUACUAAAAUGUUCUUUUGUAUUUGUCCGCGUAGAUAGCGUUCGCCGGCCACUACAACAGCCCUAUGACGGCCCCUUUCGAGUACUAUCGCGCAAGGACAAGCACUUUACAAUUGACCGUGGAGGCCGCACCGACGUGGUCUCAAUCGAUCGCUUGAAGGCGGCUUAUACCGAGCCUCUUCCAACUUCUCCAACCGAACAACCUCCACUUGGCACAUUGCCACUUGCUAUUUCCCAGACUCCAUUUACGCCCAAUAACCCCGCGUCUUCUCUUAUCCCACAGACUCCUCCCCUUACGCGCAGCGGUCGUCAUGUCCGUUUUCCCGACCGUUACCAACUUGUACAAUAUGCAUAACACUCCCACAUUUUCCUUCUAUUAACAAUAAUUUUUUUGAACUCCGUUCUCCUAGGAGGGGGAAUAUUGUAGUGACAUUUAAAUCUGUUUUGUUUUAAUCAGUUACAAUACGCUUUGACACAACUUUGAAUAAGACAAAGAACACGCACGUGCACGUUUACCUGCUGACGACUUUGUUCUUAUUUACUAGUUUGUAACUGUGGGGAUACUGCUAUUUUCGUUUCCUGGAUAGCCUACUCGCUGUGCCCAACUAGUAGGUUUGUCUCUUACAGUACGACCCAUUCUCUGUCGCGCAGGGAGCUAUGCAAAAGACGUUUUCGUUCAUCUGUGCGCCCAAAUAAUAUUUACCUCGCUGUGCCAUUUCAUCGAAGUCUUUAGUCCCACCCUUUUUGCACUUCACACCCGUCUAACCAAAAUUAACAGAACUAUGUUCACACUAGGCAGUAGCCGUUGCCUUUUGAAGGUCAACUCCCCAAACGUCCGGCUUUGAAUGCGGAAAUUUUUUCCCUGCAAGUGGUUGGUGCAGUUUCUCUUUAGAUCUUCGAAACUGAUCGGUUUCUGAAUCUGUCUUGUGUGUUGGACUCGAACCUGAUUUGCCUCAUUUGUGCAUUGCUUUGUGCAGUUGUGUUGCCAUGGAUGUCAUGCGUUUUAACUCUCCGGAGACUGGUUUGCUGUAUUAGUUCUUCCCCAUUAUUUACUUGACGAUCUUCCUAUGUUAUGUGAUGCACAUAGGCGUCGGUGUCCCCAUACUCCGUGUAUCCUGCUAGUGAAUCAUAUGACUGAUGCGUAGUGCACUGACCGCGCAGCCUACUCGCAUCCUGAGUAAUUUGUCUCUUUUCAAAGCAGCCGAUGGAUUAGUAGAGAAAUCCAAAAAGCUCCCCUACUAGAUGUGUCCACGCAAAUUCACUGUGACGAAAUGGGUUUUACACAAUAGUGGUGGACAGUCAUUUGUGUAAGGCGGGUCUACUGACUGAACCCGGCUAUCAUUCUCGUCCAUAAUUAUAGCAUCCAGCACCACCGUCGUCGCCGCCGCCGCCACCACCACCAUCACCACCACCAGUACCACCACCAGCACCAUCAUCAUCGUCAUAACCAACACUACAGAACUAGAACUUAUUUCAGCGUCUACGCCAGACACCAUGAAUUAA